AUGUCUUCUAAUGAUCGAGAGGUCGAGAUGUCUGAGCAGAAGGUUCCUCGAAUCACCUAUGCCAACGAUGUCGAUGUCGAAGCUCGUCCUCGCACAGCAAGACCAUCGCGUCGCAUGUCCACAGACUCAAUGUCAAUUCGUUCGAUGUCGCGUCAGAGAUCCGUCGAUCCCUCGCUGGUACUGCCACCGGCAUUCAGGACUAUGUCCUUCGACGUCGAGCAGAACUUUAGCACAUACGACCUCCACACCAUACCGAUCGAAGAAGUAUUUCAGCGCUUUUCGAGUUCGCCUACCAGCGGUCUAGGUGUUGACCAAGCAAUGGUUUUGUUAAGAGAUGUCGGCCUCAACAAGCUUACUGCACCACCAUCAAAUUGGCUGAUGAAGACUGUGACCUACCUGUUCGGAGGCUUCGGCUCCAUCUUGUUUGUUGCAGCUAUCAUGGUCUUUGUUGCUUGGAAGCCUCUCGGCAACCCUCCUGCACUUGCCAACCUGGCUCUCGCCAUUGUCUUGGUACUUGUUUGGCUCAUCCAAGCAGCUUUCAGCUUCUGGCAGGACUUCUCAAGUGGUCGUGUCAUGGCAUCGAUCAAUACCAUGCUUCCUGACCAAGCAAUGGUCCUCAGAGAAGGCAACUGGUCAAGUGUGGAGGGUACCAAACUUGUUCCUGGCGAUGUCAUCAAGAUCACUAUGGGCAACAAGGUUCCUGCAGAUGUGAGAUUCUUUGAUGUCUCUUCAGACGCUCGCUUAGAUCGCUCCAUUUUGACUGGUGAGGUCAAGCCUCUGGUUGCGACUGUCAAGUCUACAGACACGAACUUCUUGGAAACUGCAAACAUUGGUCUUGCUGGUACAAAUUGUACCACAGGUACAUUAUAUGGUGUCAUCAUUAGCACGGGUGACAAUACUGUCUUCGGAAAGGUAUGCAUGCUUCGAAUCUCGAAACUGACCAUAAUGCUGAUUCAACCANNGACUGCAAGACUUACCAGUCACGCCAAACAAGGUCUCACUCCUCUCCAGAAGGAAAUUUACAUGUUUGUCGGUAUCAUCACUGCAUUGAUGGUAUCCAUGAUCAUCCUCGUCAUCAUAGUCUGGGCUGCCUGGCUUCGCAAGGAUCAUCCCGAUUGGAUCAAUGUUCCCACUUUGAUUGUUGAUUGUGUAUCGAUCGCAGUCGCCUUCAUCCCAGAAGGUCUGCCAAUCGCCGUCACUGCCAGCUUGACGAUCACAGCCGGCAUCAUGAAGAAGAACAAGAUUCUCGCAAAGUCGCUCAAGACAGUCGAGACGCUUGGAGCUGUUAAUGUUAUCUGUUCAGACAAGACUGGAACAAUCACCAAGAACGAGAUGACCGUCACCGAUUUCUGCAUUGGUUACCAUCCUCAUCCAGUAUCCAAGGCUGCUGGCAUGGUUGAUCAAUCCCCAGCAGUGGCUCGAUUGGCCAUGCUGAGCGGUGUCUGCAAUGCUGGCGAAUUCGAUGCCAGUACCAGAGACAAGCUAGUCGCCGAGCGCAAAGUUCAUGGAGACGCCACUGACAGAGCAGUGCUUAUAUUUGCUGAAAACAUCAUGCCCACAGCAAGACUCCGCAGUCUGUGGCGUACAAUCUACCGCAUCGACUUCAAUUCGAAGAACAAGUUCAUGGUCAACGUCUGCCAGAACGAAAACGAUCCUCAGCAAGGCACUCUUCUGACCAUCAAGGGAGCUCCGGAUGUCCUCAUUGGUAAGUGUUCCACAUACAUGGACCAGAAUGGCGAUACCCAAGAGCUUGGCAAUGAAGGUCGCUCCGUGAUUGAGGCAAUCAAGAACCGAUGGUCGUCGCAGGGCAAGCGUGUACUCCUACUUGCUCAGAAGCCAUUGAGUCAAGUCAAGCUCAACCCACAGGAGCAACCUCAGUUCUACGAGGAAUACAUCAUGGCCAAUGUUACCUCAGGUAUGACUUUGGUGGGUCUUGUUGCCAUUGUCGAUCCUCCUAGACCAGAGAUGACGGAGGUGGUCAGAACUCUGAAGGGUGCCGGUAUUCGCAUCUUCAUGGUUACCGGAGACUUUAAGCUCACUGCCAAAGCAAUCGCUUCCGAGUGUGGCAUCAUCAGCCAAGAGGCCGAUGAUAUUCAUGCUCUGGAUUAUGACAGCAGUUUACACGAAUCUAGCACGUCCAAGGAAGGAUAUGCUACUUUCAGCAAUUCGUCAAAAUCAAUCGUACUCAGUGGUUCCGAAAUUCGAAACCUUGAGGAAGACCAAUGGGAUCGACUUUGCCAAUAUCAAGAAGCAGUCUUUGCGCGCUGUAUCCCCGAGGACAAACUUGUCAUCGUCAAAAACUUGCAGCAGAGAGGCUUGAUUACGGCCAUGACUGGUGACGGUGUCAACGAUGCGCCAUCGCUCAAGGCUGCUGACGUCGGUAUAGCAAUGGGUUCUGGUUCGACCAUUGCAAUCGAAGCAGCCGACCUUGUACUCUUGGACUCGUUUGCUGCCAUCGUAGAGGCUGUCAAGUACGGUCGCGUAGCCUACGACAACCUCCGCAAGACUAUUUCCUACCUGUUGCCUGCAGGUUCUUUCUCGGAGUUCUGGCCAGUUCUGACUAACGUCGUCUUUGGUCUGCCGCAGAUUCUCUCGUCUUUCCUCAUGAUCAUUAUCUGCUGCUUCACAGACUGCGCCGCUGGUGUUGCUCUUGCAUAUGAGGCCCCUGAAGCUGAUGUGCUCAACCGCCCUCCUCGCUCCAAGAAAGACCGACUGGUUGACUGGAGGCUGAUCUUGCAUUCAUAUGGCUUCAUCGGUCUCUUUGAGACAAUCCUCUCCUUCACAGUGAGUUAUUGGUUUGCUCAGCGCAAAGGGCUGUUCUUCUCAGACCUGUGGUUCGGCUUCGGCAAAACACCCGAUGGCAUGGAUGAGGAUACCUACAACAACAUCCUCAACAUCGCAUCGUCGAUUUACUUUGUGAAUUUGGUCGUAAUGAACCCAUAUCUCUUGCCUGCUAUCAUCUUCGCGAUGAUCAUUGCCAUUUUCUUCUUGUAUGUGCCCAAGUUCCACAGCGUCCUUGGCACUGCAAUAGUACCAGUCGAGUACUGGUUCCUGCCGUUUGCUUUCGGUAUGGGCCUCCUGCUGUUCGACGAGGGACGGAAGCUUCUUGUGAGAAAGUUUCCCAAAAGUAUCAUUGCCAAAAUGGCAUGGUAG